AUGCGGAGGUUAAUGGGACGACUCAAUCUUGGAGAUCCGAUCUGGUGUGGGGACACGGUGACACCACUCGAUUCGCCAAGCCGUGCUCGCCCACCCCCACUCCGCCAUCCCCUCCCCCUCCGCGUGUUCCUGCGCUUCCUCCUCCGCCACCCCCUCCCCCUCCGUUACUCCCUCCCCCUCUGCGUGCUCCUGUGCCCUCUCCGCCCCUCUCUCUCCCUCCGCGUGCUCCUUCGCCCCUUCCGCCACCCCCUCCCCCUCCGCGUGUUCCUGCGCCUCCCCCUCCCCACCCCCUCCCCCUCCGCAUGUUCGUGCGCCUCCCCCUCCGCCACCCCCUCCCCCUCCGCGUGUUCCUGCGCCUCCCCCUCCGCCACCCCCUCCCCCUCCGUGUGUUCCUGCACCUCCCCCUCCGCCACCCCCUCCCCCUCCGCGUGUUCCUGCACCUCCCCCUCCGCCCCCCCCUCCCCCUCCGCGUGUUCCGCCACCUCCCCCACCGCAUUUCCAUCAUUGUCAGUUCGCUCACCUGCUGCUGCCUCACCCGCCGCGGCCUCCCCCGUAUCGUCUGUGCGCGCCUCAUCAACAGCCCGCUUCCUCUCCACCCCCCACCUGCUUUCAAUCGCCGCCUUGCUCCCUAAUCUCCGCGCCUUAAACCUCGAAGCGCCGGGGGAUUACACCGCUGAGUCCAUAGAGCGCGCGGCCAGGAAGUUUCCGCGCCUUACAGCGCUCGCGCUCUGCUCGAAUUCAAUCGAUUGGGAGACGCUCUCUCGCCUCCUCACGCUCCUCCCGUCGCUGCAGCGCCUCUCUCUCGUGUCCCACUGCCUCGUGCCCCUUCGGGAGCACCAACAGCAAGAGGCGGAACUCGCAGCAGCGGAGCACCGCGGAGGACGGGCGAGGGGGUCACCCGAUGCAGCCGGUAAUGCUGCGGCGGCUGUGGAGACAUCUCAAAAGUCAGCCAAUGCAGCCAAUGCAGCCGAGGUGGCCGAUGCGGCCGAUGCGGCAGCUGCUCGUCUGGCUCACCUCUCCUCGCUCGCCGAGGCACCCCCGAAUGCCAACAUCCCUUUCUCAUGCGCAUCAGGCUCAGGCUCCCCCCUGGCGCCGACCUUCCUCCAUAUUGCUCGCCCUCCCCUCCAACCGUUAGUUACCGAUGCUGGAGUGGUGGCCCUCGCGAACGGAUGCACGCGAUUGGUGCAGCUGAGUCUGGGCGGCUGUGAGAACGUGGGGCCAGUGGCGCUGCGCCAGCUGGCGAGGCGAUGCGGGCGGCUGGAGGUGCUGCGGCUGGCGCGGACGGCGGUGGACGAUGCUGCAGUCGUGGCUGCACUGUUUGGCGACAGCUGGCGCGGCGGUGGCGUGGCUUUGAAUGCUGCUGUUGGCGCUACUGCUGCUACAUCUGAGCGUACACCUGAAACAGCAGCCAGAGAGCUUGCUGCCAACACGGAAAAGAGCACGGAAGAAGGGUCGACUCAAGCGGUGCAUGUGGAUGGGGAGUGUGAGGAGCAGGGGGCAGUUCCAGGCGAGGGUGUGGGGCAUGAGGAGGAAAGGAUUAGGGGGAGAGGAUGCUUGGGACUGCAGGAAUUCAGGCUACGGCGGCUGGUGGUUUCUCCUAGAGUGAUUGCUGGGGAUCGUUGGAGGGGAAGCAAGGACGGUGGAAGCAAGGACGGUGGAAGCAAGGACGGUGGAAGCGAGGGUGACAUGGGGAUGGAUGGAGGUCGAGGAAGUGAAGGAAGUGGAGAAAUUCGUUUUGAUAGUGUGGAGUUAUUGCGUGCUGGUAGGGAGGUUGGAACGCUGCUGCCACGUCUGGUGGUGACUGGUAGAAGGACCGCGGAGCAUGUUUUGCCGUGGGAUGGCUUCUUUGGAGAGCGGCAACUUGUGGUGGUUGGUGGCGAGGAGGACGAGAGUGUUAUUAGUGCUGAGUUCCAUUUAUUUAUCCAUUGUAAUCAAGACAAGCUGAAUAUUCACUACUCUCUCUACGCGCUGCUUCCCCACUCCCCCAUGCACUGCUCCCCCUUUCCUUCUUGCUGCUUCCUCACUCACCCUUGCGUUGCUCCCCCUUACCUAAUCGCUGCUUCCGUGCUCCCCCAUAUGCAAGUCCCCCUUCCCUAUCCACUGCUUCCCUACGCUAGUUCCCUUUCCAUGCUGCUGAUAUAUCAAUUAAGGGGACAGAUUUUCAUCAAUUUAUGA